AUGUGCGGAUCAAUCAAAGUCCAACGUUUGCGGAACCUAACCCUUCCUAGACAAGCGCAUACCAGGUGGAAGACGGGCGGCGUGCAUAAAGCGGAAACUGCAAGUGCAUGUCGCUUUGUGCGACACACAGAUUUUCCGCACAGAGAGAUCGAAGUUAGUCUAUACGGCUGA